AUGGAUGAAGAUGAGUGGGGAUGGAUGAGGAGGGAUGAGGAUAGUUGGGGAGGAUUGUGGAUGGGUGAGGAGAGCCAUGAACAGCCAAAAUCUUAUAACCUGUCUGCUUCUCCUCCAACCCUGAAAUCCCAAGGAAUGGCCACAAUGGCCACACCAGCAGGCCCCACGGGUAGGAAGUUCCACAAUCAAUGGCACAUAAGCUCGUCUGGGGUUUUUAGUCGGCUAAGACUCCAACAAGACACAAAAGCUCCGCAACCUCAGAGCAGUCCCUCCUCCAAUCCUCCCCCAAGUAUCCUUCAUCCCUCCUUCAUUCCCAAUCCCCAGUCCUCCCUUCAUUCCCUCCCUUCCCCUUUCCCUAAACCCAUUCCCACCUCUUCCUCCUCCCUUCCCCAACCCAUCCCCAACCAUCCCCACCCUCCUCCCUACCUCAUCCCUACCUCUCCUCUCCCGUCCCUACCCCUCCCUACCCAUCCUCAUCCAUACCCUACCUCUCCUCACCCAUCCCCAUCCCUUCCAACCUACACCCACACACAUCUUCCUGACCUACUCUCUGAACCAAUGACGACUCCACUUAUCCCGCCCUCGACAUUUCCAUUACAAUAA